AUGGAUAGCAAAGCUUUGUUCUCAUUCUGUGUAGUGUUUAUUACUUUAUCCAAUCAGAAUUCUUGCUCCUUUCAACCAACAACUGAUUUUUUUGGUGCAAAAUAUCGGGCUCUGCAAGGUUUCGUUCUCAGCAGCACAAAGGCCGUGUCAUCUGUGACAUGUGUGAGAGACUGUAUGAUAGAUCCUCGCUGUGUCUCUAUCAACUUCUUUGACAGCGAGAAACGGUGUGAGUUGAAUUCCGCUACAAAGACCCAGUUCCCUGGAAGCUUCACUUACAACCAAGGAAGCUUCUACUAUGACGAAGACAGAGGAACAACUCUCUUAUCAGAGUUUGCUUCUUGUAAGGAGCUUCUGCAAGCUGCUGGAGGCAAUAUUUCCAGCGGUGUCUACACCAUCUUUCCCAGCAGUCUGACUGAGGGCUUAGAAGUCUACUGCGACAUGGAGGGAAACGACGGAGGCUGGAUCGUGUUUCAGAGGCGGCAGGACGGAAGCGUGAAUUUCUAUCUCAAUUGGGCCGACUAUCAGAGAGGGUUUGGAGACCUGAAGGGCGAGUUCUGGCUGGGGAAUGAUAACCUGCGCGCUCUGACCGAAGCCUCUCCUCAAGGAACAUGGGAGCUCAGGAUCAAAAUUGAAGAUUGGGAAGGGGAAGCUGUUGUGGUCGAUUAUUCUGACUUCAAAAUAACAGGUGAAGAGUAUACCCUAAACGCCGCAUACAAAUCAAUCAGUGAAACAAAAGUUGGUGAUUCCCUUCUCGUACAUUUCGGGAAACCUUUUUCAACAAAGGACCGUGACAAUGAUAACAGUGAAGACGUAAACUGUGCACAGGAGACCGUAGGCGCCUGGUGGUACUACCACUGUCAUGAAUCAAACCUCAACGGUAAGUACUACAAUAAUCCAACUGUUGAGUACAACCAAGGCUUGCAAUGGGAAACAUGGAAAGGAGAUUACUAUUCACUGAAGAAAUGCAGCAUGAAGCUACGAGAAAUUAACUAA